AUGGAAGCGGAGAUCCCGUACAGUAUGUCUAGACUGACACGUAUGAAGUUUCUCCGAAUAGCAGCAAACCACUUUUCUGGCGUCUUUCCGCAUCCAAUUUGCAACCUAUCGUCCCUUCUAUUUUUAUCUAUCCCUGACAACAAUUUCUUUGGUAAACUCAGGCUUGAUUUUGACAAGGUUUUUCCAGAUAUUCAAGUGUUAUUCUUGAAUGGAAACAAUUUUGAAGGGGAUAUUCCAUCUUCACUGGCCAAUAUAUCAUCUCUUAGGAAAUUUGAUAUUGCAGACUGCCACAUGACCGGAAGCAUUCCUUUGGGUUUCGGAAGAUUAUAUAAUCUCAAAAUACUUGGCUUAGUGAUAAUUUCUUGGGAAGUUACUCCACCAGAGAUUGAUUUUCUUAGCAGUUUGAAAAAUUGCACUCAACUCCAGUUUCUUGGUGUUAGAGACAACAGACUUGGGGGCAUCUUGCCUCAUUCCAUAUCCAAUCUCUCCAAGCAAUUGACUUUUGUCUCCCUUGGAAAAAAUCACAUUUCUGGGACCCUUCCUCUUGACAUUGGAACCCUUGAAUGCCUCGUAGCAUUAAAGGUCGAAGAUAACCUCUUCACAGGUGAAAUUCCCGCCUCCCUCGGGAAGCUUUCUAGAUUAGAAAAUCCCCACUUAGAGUCUAAUAUGAUGUCAGGAGACAUGCCAUAUUCCUUGGGAAACCUCAGUAUGAUAGCGCAACUCUGUUUAUAUCGAAACAGUCUCAAAGGAAGCAUCCCUUCCAGUCUUAGAAACUGCAGUUACCUUCUUUACCUUUCACUUCAUUUCAACAUGCUGUCUGGCUCCAUACCUCGAGAACUCAUGGAAGUUCGGUCUCUUCCUACCUUGGAUCUUGCAUAUAAUAAUCUGACUGGACAUUUCCCAAGCGAGGUAGGAAAGUUGGUCAGUCUUUAUGGGCUAGAUGUUUCACACAGCCAAUUAUCUGGCCAUGUACCACCAUCCCUGGGGAGCUGUCUCGCCAUGGAAUAUAUAGAUUUGAAUGGAAACUUUUUUGAAGGAACCAUCAUAGAUAUCAGAGGGCUGCGAAGCCUCCAAGAGCUGGAUCUGUCCUACAACAAUCUUUCUGGCUCCAUACCUGAAUAUUUGAAACGGAGCAUACAAGACAGGAAAAGCAACACAAAUGAUGUGGAUGAUUUUGCUAUUGCACCCCAUGAAAGGGUAGGGUAUGGUGAGCUUCAUAAGGCAACUUGUGGGUUUUCUUUGAAAAACAUGAUUGGGUCCGGGAAUUUUGGUGUUGUGUACAAAGCAGUUCUUGGUCUUGAGAACAGAGUUGUUUCCGUUAAAGUGUUAAAUCUCAAGAUACGUGGAGCUAGCAAGAGCUUUAUCGCAGAAUGUGAAGCCUUGAAAAGGGCAAGGCAUCGCAACCUUGUGAAGCUCAUAACAGCUUGCUCGAGCAUCGAUUACAAGGGUGAUGAAUUCAGAGCCUUGGUUUAUGAGUUCUUGCCUAAUGGAAGCUUGGAUACGUGGCUGCACCGAGAAAGGCUAGAAGGGAUCAGUGAUACCUCAAGACCCUUGACCCUUCUUGAAAGUUUUAACAUUGCGAUAGACGUGGCUUCUGCUUUGGAGUAUCUUCAUGUUAAUUGUCAUAACCCUAUUGCUCAUUGUGAUCUUAAGCCAAGCAAUGUUCUUCUAGACGAUGAUCUAACAGCCCAUGUUAGUGACUUUGGUCUAGCUCGACUGCUCUUAAAAUUCAACCAAGAGUUCUCCUUUAAUCAACUCAGCUCGGGGGGUGUCAGAGGAACCAUCGGAAAGAAACCAACCAAUGAGUUGUUUGGGGGAAACUUUACACUCCACAGCUAUACCAAGUUGGCAUUGCCGGAACGAGUUUUGGACAUUGCAGACAAAUCUAUUCUUCACAGCAGUCUCAGAGUCGGCUUCCCUAUUGCUGAGUGCUUGAUGCUGGUUUUGGAGUUGGGACUUAGGUGCUGUGAAGAGUUUUCCACUAAUCGGUUGUCAAUGAGUGAAGCUGCAAAACAGCUAUUCACGAUUAGAAAGAGGUUCUUUAAGGCUAGAAGAGCAGCCAGAGGUUAA